AUGGCCUCCCCAGCAAAAGCCCCAAUCACCUGCCACAUCCUCGACACAACAGUCGGCGCCCCGGCCAGGAACGUCCGCGUGCGGCUCCAGCUGAAAUCGGACAGCACCACCAGCGCCCCUCAGCCCAGCAACGGCGCCGCCGCCAACAAGCACCCGUCCGGCCUGCCCAUAGUCUUCGAGUCGUCCACCGACGACGACGGCCGCGUGCGCUCCUGGCUUCCCUACAGCAGCCCCGACACCCCCGGCGAGGUCCCCGUCUACAGCCUCGACGACGUGCUGGGCGACAUCAAGGGCCCCAGCCGCUGGGCCCUUUGCUUCGACACCGGGGACUACUUCGCCGCCCAGGGCAAGGAGACCUUCUUCCCAGAGAUCACCGUCGUCUUCGAGGUUAAGGAGGGCCAGCACUACCACGUGCCCCUGCUGCUGGCCCCUUUUAGCUACAGCACCUACCGUGGCAGCUGA